AUGGGUAAUAAAGCAUGCUGAUGAACAUCAGCACCUAACCACGAUACUAAAGAUACAAGGAAAACUGUCAAUACCAUUGAUGUUGAUGACUUCAAAGAUAAGAAAGAACCUCAACACAAAGAUAGUGGAGAUACAAAGGCCGUGACUAUUACAACAUUCAUCUCCAAAGAACAAGAAAAAUUGGCAUUCAAAAGGAUUGAACAGGGAAGACCCCAAUUAACGAAACUCCCUGAGUGGCAUAACAGAAAAGAGUCAAUAAACUUUAAAAUUAUACACAAGAGUGAGACUAAAAGGUGGAAAACAAGGCGGAGGAGGCAUUUGUGGAAGUACCAUCCCACGCAGCCCAAUGAGUACUAUGAACGUUACGAUACCUCCCCUAAAAGAGUAGAGGAGAAAGUAAAUGAAUAUAACCCGUUCAAUAAAAAUCUUUCAUCGAUCCCUAGCUUUGAUUGACUUCUGCCUCCAGGCUUCGAGAUUAAUAAUGUUGUGCCUAACAAAGCUAAAGAAUGCGAAUCCGAAGAUUCUGAGGUCGAAGUUACAAAUAAAAUUAAAAAGGAGAUUGAAAAAUCUAUGAAGCCUUUGCAAACUCCACCUAAGAAGCUGCAAUCAGACUGUAUUCCAGUACUAAAAGAUGCCCAAUAUGACUCCUCAACUAGGGAUGAGGCUGCUACCGGGUUAUGAGGCAUGAGGAAGACCAGCAGUCAAAAACUUCUAUUGAGCAGAAUCGUCUCUCAUAGAGAAAACUACAAGAGUAUUCGUAAGCAGAGAAAUCUGUGAGAAAGACAGUUCCGUAGCUUAACCACGCUUAAUCACCCAGAUCUGAGUUUUUCUGAGAACUUUUAGGAAAAUAGCCUUAAAGCUGUCUGACGCCUUUGUGAUUUUCUGAAAUAUCCAGAUGCCCAAAAAUAGCUAUAAAUAUUUAUAAAGUAGCCUACGCUUCAAUUUCCUCAAAA